CAGUUCACCAUGGAAGUGUCACAACUCAGUAAAUGUUAUGACGUUUUGUUGAUGUAGCAUUAGUUAGUACGUGACAUAUGCAGGGAUCGACAGCGGUGCGCGAGUCAGCGCCGUACGCGGGAGAUUCAACACGUAUCGAGAAGGUCCUACGCCCCAAAAAUGGAGCCCAAAGCGCCCGGAAUGAAAUACCUGCCGCUACUGGUGUUCCAGCUGGUUCUGGCGGCACUUUUCUUCGUCUUCGUCAAGUAUGACGGCGAUAACCAUCACCAACUUCGAGGUUUCGAAGAUACCCACGUGAUGAUCUACAUCGGCUUCGGUUUCCUGAUGACGUUCCUGAAGAAGUACUGCUACAGUGCGCUCGGCUUCAACUGGCUCCUCGCAGCUUUGGUGGCACAGUGGUCCCUUCUUACCCAGGGGUGGUUCAAUAUGAAGGACAUGGUUAUACCACUUAAUAAGGAGACUAUAAUCGAGGCUGAUAUUAUGGCUGCGACCAUUCUCAUAACCUUCGGUGCACUCCUGGGCGUCGCCAGCGGUGGCCAGCUUCUCUUCAUCGCCAUCGUGGAGACCGCCAUCGCUAGCGCCAACAUUUACCUCGUCACCAGCGUUUUUCAGGCGGCGGAUGUCGGUGGCUCGAUCGCGAUCCACUCUUUCGGAGCUUACUUCGGCUUGGGGGUGAGCCUCGCCCUCAAAUCCAAGAAGGUUGUGGACCAAGCGGAGAAGAACGUGCUCAACGCACCUACGUACAUAUCGGACGUUACUGCUAUGAUAGGUUCGAUAUUCCUGUACAUCUACUGGCCGUCUUUCAACUCGGCGCUUACGGGCACCGACGAGGAGUACCAACGGGCGGUCACCAAUACUUACCUCUCGCUUGCAUCUUGCACUGUGGUCACCUUCAUCCUAUCCUCAAUCUUGAAUCACGAACCAGGAAAGUUCGACAUGGUCCACAUUCAGAACUCGACGCUGGCCGGAGGCGUUGCUGUCGGCUCGGUGUGCAACAUGCACGUUCAGGCUGGAGGGGCCAUACUUAUCGGUAUCGGGGCUGCGACCAUCAGCGUGCUAGGUUAUAGAUUCCUUACGCCUAAGUUAGAGAAAGUAGGCCUACUGGACACAUGCGGUGUACACAACCUCCACGGCAUGCCGGGCGUGUAUUCCGGCCUACUGUCAGUUCUUUUCGCUGCGCUCGCCACCUCCAGUACUUAUGGCGAGACUGGUCUACACAGUGUUUUUGGAGCUAUGAAGGACGGUAGGACAGCCCAGCAGCAAGCUCUCUAUCAACUCGCCGCCGUUGGCGCGACUCUUGCUAUCUCCUUUGUGAGCGGAAUGAUCACUGGUUUUAUAGCGAAGCUGAAGAUGUUUGCUCCAUUGGAAGAAAAAGACAAGUACAACGAUGAACUCAACUGGGAGCUCCCGUAGUGGUCCUAGCUGGGGCCCAUUUCUCGAUUGGUAUUAGUCUAAUAUUAUUAGUGUGUUGUCACGUUAUAGUCGUUCGAUUUGUAGCUGGCCCCGAUGGUUGUCCAGUCGUUCGAUUUGUAGCUGGACGCUUUGUCUAUUGUUAAGUAAAACCGCACGUGCUACUACCUACAUAAAUAAUCGGACAGACAGACGGACAUGACGAAUCUAUAAGGGUUCCGUUUCCUGCCAUUUGGCUACGGAACCCUAAAAAUGGUCCGGCCACUUUAACCGGUUGUUGGAUUACGACUCCUAUGGAAGUUGCAAUAAGAUUCAAAAUGAACAAAUGGAAAAAUAAUUUGCAAUUUCUUGUGUAGUCCCUCUACGGUUACUGAGUGCCGGCGAGUCGAACACUACAGAACCAGUCUAAAAGGUGUCCUCAAGAUGCGUAACAAAGUUGCGUUAUCGGAGAGCUCACCUACACUGGUUUUUUUAACGUUGGACUAGCCCGCGCUCAGGUGUCAAUUAGAAUUAUACGACCUUUCUUUUUUGCAGGUUAGUGGCACAUGCCGUUUUACUCUUUUACUUAACAAUAGACAAAGGAUUAGCCCUUCGGGGUCAGCUACAAAUCCAACGACUAUAACAAAUAGGUACAUGACAGUUGGUGGACUACUAAUAUACAUUAGUCUAAUAACGUUCGGGAAAUGGGCCCCUGUAAUUACGAGAUAGUUUUGUGAGAUUGCAUAUUUACGACGAAUUCUGUAAUAUUUCUUUAUUGUUCUUUGAUAAGUAUCAUGUCUAUGUAAAAGACAUAUUGGGUGUAUCUGAGUAUCGGCUAUAUUCGAACAAUGCUUAUAAGAUAUCACAGCGAUAAGAUACCGAUCUGUCAGUGUUAAGAGGGAAGAAUAGCUUUGCGAUAAUUGUUAUCCUAACGAAAUGAAAUUUGAUUUCGAGAGAAAACGGUUUCCACUAACAAAUCACUUUUAUUUUGAUGUUUAUCACUUCAGCAUAAUACAUUCUAUAGAUUUAAGUAUAGGUUUCGAUUUUUUGCCAAAUAAAAUUAAAACCUUCGCUUUUUUGAAAAAGAAAAAAACCUAUAAACCUACUUUUUAGUUGUGCCAAUAACAUACAAAAAAAUCAUGGAGAUUGGAAAAUAGUUAGAACUGGAAUAACGUUUUCUCCUUUUGUAUGAAAGAGUAGGUGAUAUACUUCUCUCUUAAAAGUGACAUAUUUGGUUGAAGAAAUGUCCCUUUUGAGAGUGACAGAUCGGUAUCGUAUCACUGUGACAUCUUAUAAGCAUUGUUCGAAUUGGGCCGUAUGGGGCUUUAAAUGCGAGAUCAAUUUAGAUUAUAUUUACGUUACAAUGAUAAUUUAUAAAUUUUUUAAGCAAGUAUUGUAAUAAAAUCAUUGUUGUGCGUAAGGCGAUUUUAAUACAGCAUGAUCUGAAUCAUGAAUUAUGGACAUAUUUUUUGUUAAAUUAAUAAAAAAUAUUUCAAGAAAUUGUCCGAUUCUUCGGCCAAAACUUGUUCAAUCUUAGAAUUUAAUUCAUUCAAACUCCCAGAGGACUAUGUUAACUAAGGAGUAUCCAAGUGCCAUAUUUAUCAAAAUAAAAAUAGGUUGAAAAGAUUGUAAAACGAGUCAAAAAUUAAAAGGUUAAUUAAAAAGGCUAAAAACGGAUAUAUUCAUCUGUAAGCCUACUUAGCACAAAAUAACUUGGCAGUAUGAAUACAUACCUACAUAUCCCUAUGAGCUCCAUAUCGUCAGGUGACAAGCAAAACUCACUAAUUACCACUACAAGUUCAUAGCCAUAAUGAACCACAUCACUACCAAAUAAGGUUGAUUUUUGUUUGAUUUUUUUUUAGGAAUUAGUGAGUUUUGCUUGUCACCUGACGAUAUUAGAAGUAAAAA